AUGACUGUGUGGUGCCAAAUCUGUCGGAAAACUGCCGCCUGUGAUUUGAGCGUACAGGUAAUGCCGUGUUCAAAGUAGUUUCGGCGAUUUCAAAAUAGACGCGUUAUUCGUUUAAAAUGAUUUCGGGAAAUAGGCAGAAUUGGUAUUCCGGGAAGGGGCACAAAAAGUCAGUCCUACAACGAUAUAUCGUUGGAUACGUAUUUUUACGGUGAGUUUUACGCGCGAAUUUGAAAUUCCAGUAGAAAAUGUCCAACUCCAAAAUUUUGAGUUCCCGCGCAGAAGUUACAGUAAAAAGGCAUAUAACGAUAUAUCGUUGUAGGACCCACAAGCGCCUUCCCGGAAUACCAAUUCUGCGUAUUUCCCGAAAUCAUUUUAAAAGAAUAACGCGUUAAUUUUGAAAUCGCCGAAAUUACUUUGAACACGGCAUAAAUUGUUUUUUUCCGCUGAAGAAUGUUCAUUAGUUGGUUCAGUUGAUCCCUUGUCUCCAUACGUUCUGUCUAGCAUGUCUAAACGAUUAUUCCAAAAGCUCCAAGGUCGGUGAGAAGGAAAAACAAGAUUUGAUUUCUUAUUCAAGAUUUGUCCUUCUUCGCACUGCUAUUCGCCUAUUCAGGUGCCGGAGCUCUACAUAAACAUAUGUGAGGUUGGUAUCAAUUAAAAAUGGGAAUGAGAUGUGAGAGAAUAUCGCGAAUUCUAGUAAAGUUAUGUUGCUCUGGCACAUCUCUGAAACAAAACAUUACAUUUUAAGUUUUAUAGCUGCAAAAAAUGUUGCGCUCAACCGAUAACGCCCUUUGCAAAGCAUAUAUUCAAGAGUCUGCGUCAGGCCGGGAGGCCCGGGCUUCGGGUCUUCAAUAAAAAAAAAAGCCUGCUCGGGCCAGGCCGGGCUUUGAGAAAAUCUUUUAUUUCAUUAAAAAAAUGUUCACAGAAAAACUUUUUUACAUGUAAUUCAACAUGUAUGUUGAAUCAUAGUUUCUAAUAACUCAAUGAGGAAAAAUUUAAAAAAACGACACUUUUCUCAUUAAAAAGGCGAAAAAUUCGACAUGAAGAAAAUUCGAGCGUUUUGGGCCGGGCCGGCCACUUUUGCUUGAGGCCCUCUAAGGCCGGACCGGGCCGGGCUGGAACAUAGCUGGAAGCCGAUAGGCUGACGGGCCGGUCCUCUCACAAGCCUGCAUAUAUUAAAUUAUUAAUAAUAUUUUGUUUUUUUUUUUUUGAACGGUUUUUGUGAAAUUGGAAUUUUACUUUGAUGAUUAAAAGAGAAAACUAGAAAAAGAGAAAUUUUCGGAAAAAAAGUACCCUAUAACAAUUUUUUUGCCAAUAAUACAAAAAAAAUUUUCGAUUAAAGUUGUACAUAAUUUCAAAAAAAUGAACUUUGCGAACAGGUGGUAAAAAUUUUUUUGCAGCUCAUUUUUCGUGAGAUUGUUUUUUUCGCUGCCUUUUUCUCAAAUUAUCGAUUUUUUUAUUCGAUUUUAAGUGAAAUAUCGCUUCUCCUGAUAAGCAGAGAUUAUCAAGCCCAUUAAAACUUCUCUCUCAAUGAAUCCUAUUCUGAAUUAGGUCAAAAACUUUCGUUGUUUUAAAAUGCUCAAACAUGGGUUUUCUCCGGAUAAAAGCCUUUCUUUUCGUAUUCUACUAUAGCGAUCACUUAAGUAUUAGGAAAUAAUAUCAGUAAACUUUGGCUUCCAGGGGGAGAGAUGUGUUAAGAAGAUUGCAUUGAACGCCGAAGUGUUGAGGACGCCUUGCCAGCACGACAUCUGCCAGUACUGCUACGACCAAGCCUCUCGCAGGUUUUCAAAGGUCCCCUGCAGGAAAACCUGAGAUUUCAGAGAUAAAAUCCUGUGUCCAGCGCCGGGAUGCGCAGAGCCGCUGACAGAGGACGAUGAAAAUGUGUGCGAUGGCUGCAAAUUGCCUCUGGUCGCCGACAAAAGCGUCGUCCUGCCGUGCUGCCUGGUUUUCGAAAAGAUUGUGCCAAUUCUCAAUUAUCUGUUUCAGUCUAGAAUGUGCAGAGAUUGCGCAAAAAAGACUACCAACGGAAAAGAGACUUGUGAGCCUGGAAAAUGCGUUUUCCGAGAACGAGGAGGCAAGAAGAAAAAAGUUGCUGAAACGGUAUAGUCUAAAAAACGAAAAGAAAUAGAAAAUAUACUCAGACUGGGGAAAAAAUUGCAUUAUAGUCACGCUGAGAUGUAAGUGAGCGUCUCAGUUUUUGGCGUGACUUCAUAGUCAUAUAUUCAAUUACACAGACAAAGUCCAAACAACCUCAAAAAGGCCCCAAAAAGAAGAGCCUGAAGCUCCUUUUUGAGUUCCUAAAAAGGUGUCAAAAGUUUCUCGGAAUCUCCCUUUUCCACCUUUUUCGCGCCUUAUUUUUUUUAGACUCCUUAAAAGGUCCUUUUCAGAAAAAAAGAUCUAGAAUGAAGGCCCCUUUGAGGCCUUUUGAAGGCCUUUUUUCCAAAAGUCCUUUUUGAGACCUUUUGGACUGUGCCCGUUUAUGUGGGAACUCAAAAAUUUUAUUAGGCUCCUCAAAUCAAAGUUCCAGCCACCUUACGUUCUCCUUGCCAACUCCAUGAGUUGGAGCAAGUUAAAAUAAAAACUUGAAUUUAUAGAUAGAAAAGACUUAUUUUUUAAGCAAUCAAAGUCUUGGAAGAAUAAAACCAGCUCAAAAAUUUUAGCAUCUAUUUUCAAUGUUUCAUUGAAUAGAAAACAACAUAAUUCAUACCAGACCAAGUCGACAUGCAUGAGUCAGCCAGGCUGCGAAGGCGAGGUCUUAAGGAACUUCCCGUCGGAAGGCGAAUGCGAACACGAAGUCUGUCUGGGCUGUGUCGCCAAAAUGGUCGACGGCUGUGCUCAGUCAGGUGCAGUCUCCACACCCACGUCGCAAGGAGCAUGAUCUCAGGAAAACCUCCCAAUUGCCCCAACAAGGGCUGCCAGCUGCCGUACCGUUGCGAGUCGGUCUUGGCCUUGCGAGCGUUGUUUCCUGAAAAGAAGUCCUAUUUCGCCAAGUUCGCUCUCGAUGUUCACUUUUCGAUGCAAGCACUCAAAGACGAGGCCAUCAUGGUUCGAGAUUUCCAGCCCUUCUGAUUUUUUUCGGCGUUUUACAGCACAUCGAUGCCACAAACGCCCCCAGCUCGGUUCAGCAUUUUCAGAUCAAGGUAGUUUUUCAGUAUUCCUCUCCGCAAGAUGAUUUCAGACGUGUCAAUGCGAAGAUGAGGAGAAUACGCUGACUCUCGACUUCAUCCGCAGCGGCACUUUGGGCGAUUUGAUUCGCGAGAUCCGACGUGUCUUGCGCAUCAUGGCAACCGACAAGGUUGAUGCUCACAUUCAUUUAAUUAAUUUCGUUUCAAACGUUAAGUUCGACAAAAAUGUUUUGAUUACUAACAAGAGAACGUUUUUUGGACGCUGGUUGAACUUUUGAUUAAACUCGACUGAAGGGCAUUUAGGAUUUCCUCAUUGCGAAAAUAAAUUACAACAUAUUUUGUUUUCGAGCAAUGAGAUUUUAAAUUCUCGGAAAAGGAGCUAUUGCGAGAGACUUUUUUAGAAAUUCAGAACUCUUAGUCACCUUAUAUAUCAUUUGGUAAACUUAGCGAUCUAUGUAAAUGCUCUCAGAUCGCGUUCAAAAAUAUUUUUUAAUUAAAAAAGGCAUUUAAUAUAUUUUUUGACGGUUUCAGAUAUACGGUUACUACCGGAGAGAUGACAAAGAUGAAAAAAAACUGGAAGUUUCGCAAAAAACCAUUCAUUCUACGAUGGAUCAGCUUAAUAUCAGAGAAGUUCCUUUUCUGCUACAUUGA